GCAUAGGUAGUCUUUUCUGUAUUAAUUUGAGGGCAAGGCGGUCGGCCCUCAUUGCUCAGUGGCAGAACAGGGAAGCAACCGCGGAAGGACGGAGAGAAGGAGGGAAGAGCUGGAGGAAAAGUGACAUAGGAGGGGAGAGGAAGGAAACGAAGAAGGAACGCCGGAACAAAAGGAAGGUCGUCCUGUUAGAUUCGCCAGAAGAUUGAAUUGGGUUGGGAUAUACUUAAGGAAAAAAGAAGAAAUACAGGGAAGGAGAGAAGAUUUCACGAUGCCUGCGGUGGUGGAGCCUUUGCUGGCUGAGAACAGCCAACGGUUCUGUAUGUUUCCUAUCAAGUAUCCGUCCAUCUGGGAGUUUUACAAGAAAGCGGAAGCAAGUUUUUGGACGGCGGAGGAGGUUGAUCUGUCUCAGGAUCUAGCGCAUUGGGAUGGGCUSAACAAGGAYGAACGGUWCUUCAUUCUUCACGUGCUGGCGUUUUUCGCYGCGUCGGACGGUAUCGUGUUGGAGAACCUGGCGAUCCGGUUCAUGAAGGACGUGCAAGUGCCGGAAGCUCGCGCGUUUUACGGGUUUCAAAUUGCCAUCGAGAACAUCCAUUCGGAGAUGUACAGCCUGUUGCUGGAGACGUACAUAAGCGAUCCGCAGGAGAAAGCUCGUCUGUUCAACGCGAUCGAGACGGUCSCUGUGGUGAAGAAGAAGGCGGAUUGGGCCUUGAGGUGGAUAGGGAGCUCGAGCASCUUCGGGCAGAGAYUGGUGGGUUUYGCCGCCGUGGAGGGGAUCUUCUUCUCCGGCAGCUUCUGCGCCAUCUUCUGGCUGAAGAAGAGGGGCUUGAUGCCCGGUCUCACCUUUUCCAACGAGCUGAUUUCCCGGGACGAGGGUUUGCACACGGAYUUUGCCUGCCAUCUUUACUCUCUCCUCCAGACCAAACUCCAUCCGCAAACUGUSGAAGACAUCAUUCGCGACGCCGUCGCCAUBGAGAAAGAGUUCGUCUGCGAAGCUCUGUCUUGCGACCUCGUCGGAAUGAACGCCGCUCUGAUGAGCCAAUACAUCGAGUUCGUGGCUGAUCGCCUUCUUGUGGCGCUGGGAUGUCAGAAGGCGUACAACGCCCAAAACCCGUUCGAUUGGAUGGAGUUGAUCUCCCUCCAAGGGAAGACCAACUUCUUCGAAAAGAGAGUGGGAGAGUACCAGAGGGCGGGCGUGAUGGCGAACCUAAAUAGCACGGAUGCCGUAGGGAACAGGGUCUUUAAAACGGACGAGGACUUCUAACGAGUAAAACACGUUCUUGGAUGUCAAGAGUAGGAAGUAGAUCUAGAUGAGAGGGCAUCAGAGGAAGAAACAGCGGGGGGGUGGGGGGGGGGUAGAGGCUGUAGGUGAGGGAGGAAAUGGGGCAUGAGGCGGAGGCGUCAGAGGAAGAGAAAAGCGCAGGAGAAGGGGGGCAGGUAGCAGAAGAGGGAUCUGAAGGCACCUGAAGAGGAGGGAGUUGAGGGACAGAUAGACGAGGGGAAGGAGGACGCGGAGAAGAAGGAGAACAAGAGAUGGGAGAAAACGAGGAAGAAGAGGGAAAGAUGAAGAUGAACAGAGAUCAGAGGACCGAAGAGGACAGAGGAGGAGAGACAGAACGGUAGUGGGAGUGUGACAUGGUAGAGGCUUUACGAACGAUUGCAGUAAAAUUGGACGGUGGUUUUCAAGGUAUAGCGAAUAACGAGGUGUCUUUCUGCUUCUGCCGCACGGAAAAAACAAAAAAAAAAGAGAGAGAGAGAGAGAGAGAGAGAGAGAGAGAGAGAGAGAGAGAGAGAGAGCUUUGUAGAUUCAAUGUCCUGCAGGUACCGAAUUCGGAAACGAUGUCAUCGUGGUUGGGCGAAUAUGGUCAGGUGGUUAGCCGAUGACAAAUCGGGAGGAGAUGAAACGGCAUUGCACUGUUCAGGUGAUGGCUCAGCAGUGAGUUAUAUUCUCGGACGGCGCUGAUAUGAUGGCGAGGGUGGUCGAUGUUCUACUGUUCAGUUGAUGUCACGUGGCCAGUCGGCUGUUUCCAAGACGUCUCAGCGGGCGUCCGGUCACCUGUGAUGAUCAAAUCGAGGUUAGGUGAGACGUCCGUUCAAUCCUGAUAUGCUGUGAUGGGACGCAGGUUGUCUAUAAUGGUCCUUCGAUCUUAGCUACUCGUGGAUGAGCAGCAGUUUCUUUUAUUUGGUGUGACUCGUUCGGUGGCGUCUUUAUCUCUUGGCUCUUACUUUGCGGUAGAGGUUAAUUGUUAGUGGAGAGGUAGCCUAUAUUACCGCACCUUUGCAUUUUAUUAACACAUUGUUCUGGCGCCUUCACACACACACACGGACCCAGACACAGAGAGAGAGAGAGAGAGAGAGAGAGAGAGAGAGAGAGAGAGAGAGAGAGAGAGAGAGAGAGAGAGAGAGAGAGAGAGGUCCGAGAGCUCCCAACGAAGAAGUGGGUCCAAGCCGGUCAGGUGUGAGGGAGGAAGGAUCUUGAAAGAGGGAGACGAUUGUGAGAGUGCAGCAUUCGUCUCGUGGUUCCGGUUUAGGUUCGGCCUUGGGCCCUC